AUGCUUGUAUAAAAAGCAAUGGGCAACGGACGGCUGCAGUUCAUUCCAAUUGAUAGCUUGUGUUCCAACGGAAGCAAAUCAAGCGAUCGCAACUGUCCUAGGAACGAAAGUGAGUUGCGUGCGUAGAGUGAACCGAAGACUGAAACAAGGCAACAAGCUCCAAUAUCAAGUGAUCCUAGGCGUGAAUAGGUUUGAAAAAGGAACCUCUCAGAUCAUCAUGGCUUCAUCGUCCUACGUGAUAUCAGUCGUGUUGUGCGCAUUCUUUCUUCAGUUGCAUGGAAUUCCACUACCCGGUAGCGAAGGAAGUAGUGGCAUUCAUCCUUUGAGCACAUUAUUUAACCCGGACGUUGGUGAUUACUGGAGUGGGGGAAAUGAAACACUGGAAACCAACAGCACCAACGGAACCCACAAGGAUCUCUAUGUCAUCAAAGCCGUAGUCUAUGAAAUCGGAAUUCUAGUCGACGCCCCUGACAAUGAUACGGAGGAAAUCGGAGAUGACCCCAUCACGGAGCAACAAGUGGAUCUGACCUUCUUCAGUCACGAUUCGAACAAAACCCACAUUAAUUUGGGCGACAUCCCGGUACCGGUUGCAACCAGUGUCAACGGACAGGUGCUGACUGGCAUCGCACCGGUUCAUGUCGGAGCAAUUUCGGAUCUGCACGAUCUGGUGGCGACGCUGCCCAUCACGGGUACCAUUGUCAACAUCACCCAGUCGAACAGUUCCUAUGUGACGCUCACGCAGAAGGACAUCGACGAAAUUGAAAAAGAACAAGACGACGGCGUCAACGUGGCGGACCUUGCGAAGCUCCCACUCGAAGCAUCCAGUCAUCCGCUGAUACCGAAUGAGCUUGACAAUGUUGUGUUAAAUCUGGCGGCGACCGGGAAGAAUUAGAUUGGGAGCGAGCAGAAGACCGAAAUGACAAAGUCGCACUGUUGUGACGUCUGUUUGUAGGAUAAAUUAUGAUAUGCAUGUGAUAUAUUGUGGGUCGUUGUAAAUAUAUGUGAGCAUUGAUGUGUUUUGCUA